AUGGUAGCCUUCCUCUCCUGCUUCCUUGUUCGUUUCGUCGCUGGGCCACUGUGCGAUCGAUUCGGACCUCGUUUGGUCUUUGUUGGACUGCUGCUGGCGGGCUCCCUUCCCACGGUCAUGGCAGGUCUCGUCACGACUCCACAGGGCUUGAUUGCUCUGCGUUUCUUCGUUGGUAUACUGGGCGGUACAUUUGUGCCUUGCCAGGUCUGGUGCACUGGAUUCUUUGACAAGAAGAUCGUCGGCACCGCCAACGCACUUGCUGGUGGCUGGGGUAAUUCUGGCGGUGGAAUCACUUAUUUCCUCAUGCCGGCCGUUUUCGAUUCCCUCGUCUCUGCCCAGGGCUUGACACCCCACAAGGCAUGGCGAGUCACCUAUGUCAUCCCCUUCGUCAUCAUCGUGUCUGUCGCACUCGGAAUGCUGUUCUUCUGCGAGGAUACGCCCACCGGACCCUGGGCAGAUCGUCAUCUGUGGGCUGAAAAGACUGCCAACACCCAGACGACUCCUGGUGGCAAGGUCAUUGACCUCCGGUCAGGUGUCUCUUCCAGCGGUCCCUCAACGACCCCAUCUCUGUAUAACAUGGGGCUGGACGACGUUGAGAAAAAAGGUGCCCAGUCACCCCAUAUCUUCGAUAGAGACGAUCCCGCUCCCGCAAUGGGUCAAUUCACCACCAUCUCGCCGGAUACCGUCGUGGCACCAACUCGCAAAGAAGCUCUGAGUGUCGCAUUCAGUCUCUCCACUUUCGCAGUUGCCGUACCCUACGCCUGCUCCUUUGGCUCAGAGCUGGCUAUCAAUUCCAUCCUCGGCACAUACUAUGAAAAGAACUUCCCCCACAUGGGACAGACAAAGACCGGGCAAUGGGCUGCCAUGUUUGGCCUGCUGAAUGUAGUGUGUCGCCCGGUGGGAGGGCUUCUGGGAGAUUUCCUCUACCGAUCAACGGGAAGCUUGUGGUCCAAGAAGCUACUGUUGACCUCACUCGGUCUGUUGAUGGGCGCGUUUGAACUGGCGAUUGGUUUCACGGACUCCUGGUGGCAAGGUCAUUGA